AUGGUUCUUCCGGAAAAACUGGAGGUACAUGAUUUUGAUGAAGCCGCCGGAAAUCUGCUUCGUUUACUGCUGUUCUUAGAGUCAUAUGAAAAUCAGAGAGCUAAGUCAUUCUUCUUGGGUGGCUGGUGCGGCGAUGGUGUAGGAGCCUCGGCUAUUCUUAGAGCCACAGCCAAACUCCUGAAAUCUGAAAGAGGUGAUCGUGACACAAGAGAGCAUUUUGGCAAAAUUACCCAUGUAGACUGCUCUCUGUGGAAAAAUAGAAGAGCUAUGCAGAGGGCAAUCGCGGAGGAGUUAACCCUUGGCCAUUUAAUGCCCAUGUUUGACAAGCAGGAUGAGGAUGAUGAUUUUAGAGGGAUGGACGUUAGCUCUAGAGUAGAGAUACCAAGCAUCGGAAGUGAGAUCAAUGCGUGUCUAAGAAAUGAAAGAUUUCUGAUGAUUUUUCAUUAUGGGGGAGUAGAAGAUAUUGAUCUGGCAGAGUGUGGCAUUCCUAAUCCUGAAUUUGGAACCUAUGCUUUAGGAAAAUUAUUACGGAGUGGUUAUGGAAGAUUUCAGCUUUCGCAGAGAAACAAGAAGUUAAAGUCUAGUUCUGCUUAUUUUAAAACAAUUGAAUUAUAUCCCGAGGUCAAUGCACAUUUGAGUCAACUACUGUUUCGUUCAUUACAUGAAGAAGCUGCUGAAGUGAUUGGUUACACCGACAUGGAUGAUGUCAACCCAACAAUAGUUUUGGAUUGCUUCUUGUACUCAUUGUUCUUGACAGAGCAACUACAUGGAAAGUCUAUCAGUGUUGACUAUGGUUGGGAUACUCAUGCUUGCAACUACUGGAUAUGUGAUGGUAUCCUUCAAGGUGAUAGAGCCUUUGAGGUUGGCAAUGCAUUGCAAGGAGUGAUACAAAUGCUGUGCUACCCAUCUGAUAGAACAAAAAGAUUGGCAGACUAUUUGGAUGAACACAAAGAACAGUAUGAAAGAUGGGUUUCAAUCUCCUCCAACCAACUAGGAGCACAAGAUAUCUCAACUAUUCAUGUCAAUACAUCAUCCUAUUUCCUCACAUUUGGGGAAGAUGGUCAGCUACAACUACCAAGUGAUAUGUUUCAGCUAGCCAGCACCCUCCGCGUGUUAAAACUCUGCAAGUGCAGCUUUGAUUUUGCAUCCCCUCCUUUCCGAUGUUGCCAUAACCUAAAAUUCCUUUGGCUUGACCAUUGCACAAACACAGGGGAGGAGCAAGGUGAAGGGCCAUGUUUCCCAAACCUGUUGGUGCUUGACAUACGCUUCACAGAUUUUGUCUUACUGGCAGAGAUGAUAGAGUUGAUGACCAAUCUCAGGGAGGUAAAUACGAAGGGUGUCUCAUGGAGAACUAUAAGUCAUGCAUGGAAAAAGCUACGGAACCUUCACAAGCUCCGGGUAACCGAAUCCUCAGAUGUGAUCACAGUGGACACAUGCUCUUCCAUAGAUAUGAUGAAUCUGGAGGUCCUUGACUUGUCGGGUAACAUUCAUAUGGAAUCAUUGCCUGCAAUGUCAUCGGCAGGAAACUUGAAGAUGCUUGUUCUUGAUGGUUGUUCUAGCUUGGAGCAUGUUGCACUCGAAGGAGCCCUUCCACUUCUUGAGAGUUUUAGUUUUGAUGGCUAUGGCCCAUCAGAAAAGUGGGCACAUCCCAUACAACUGCCAAAAAAGGAACCACGCCCUAAGUCUAGCAAUGCUUUAAUUCAAAAAGCCAAGGUGAGAAGGAUCUCCCUAGAAGGUUGUGCUCGAUUGCACAUCAUAUUCUUGCGUGCAUUGCCCAACCUUGAGGAGUUGGACCUCUCUGGCACAGCCGUUAAAACACUUGACCUCGGUGCAAUGGAUGUCGCACGACUCAAGAAGCUAUUUCUGUUGGGUUGUGAGCAACUAUGUAGCCUAUGCUGGGAUGGAAGAAACCCUUCAUUGGAAGUUCUACAUGUAGACACUCGGGGAAAGACUAGAUCAAUGAUAUACUAUGGAGAACAGAGGUCCUCUAUCUUUGAAGCACUUAUGGCUUUUACAAAUGGAAGGUUAGUUUGGUCUGUCAUAAAGGGGCUCUACUGGGCUUGGUAUGACUCCAAGGUGCACCUCCAUAUCUCUUCUACGAUCCACAGCCAAGUCAACAUCACCAAAAGUAUUGAUGAGAUUGUGCCUAGCGAAGAGGGUUUGGUUCCAACGAGGCCCUUCUUACCUUACAAUGAUAUAGUCCUUUGCAAGGAUAUUGUCACGUGUUCGUCCUUGGUGUGGGACCACCAACAUCUUUAUCCUUUGGAUGUGCAUAUCGAGAUUGGUGAAGGAAGCCACCAUUUAGAGAGUAUGAAUGUCAAUGAAGAUUUCAAAAAUUUCAUAGAGAAUAAAGUUGAAUCAUUGCAUGUGCAUGACAAUAUCUCAAUCACGGUCAUACUUCCAGAGGCAUCAAGAUCUUGGUCUGGUGUAAAAUGGUGUCAUGUUGAGAGGUGCCCCAAGCUGCACACUCUCUUCCCUAGCUGGGAUGGAUUUAUGAGCUUUAAAUCAAUAAGGAUAUUUUCAGCAUCUGAUCUCCUGAUGGCCUAUUGCAUCUGGGGUAGAGGCAUUUUAUAUCACGCUUACAACUAUGAAGACCUACAACACAUAUACUUGAACAACUGUCCUAGGCUGGUGUUCGUCCUCCCCAUUUCUUUCACAUUGCCAAACUUGGAGAUCAUUCAGAUUGCAUACUGCAGUAACCUCCAACAUAUUUUCCCACUGGAUGACAAGUGCCCUCAUUGGAUAGCAUCUGGUGUCACAUUUAAGAAGCUGAAGCACAUCAAGUUGUACCAUCUCCACAAUCUAGAGCAGAUAUGCGGGGCCAGAUCACUGACCGCGCCGGCGUUGGAGACGAUCAGCCUCAGGGACUGUUGGGGCCUCAAACGGCUACCAGCUGUGUCACGCCGAGGUCCCAAGCCGAUGGUGGACUGCGAGAAGGACUGGUGGGACAGGCUCGAGUGGGAUGGCUCCAAAGCCAACCAUGAACCGUCGCUCUUCGAGACACGCCACUCGGCUUACUACAAGAAGACCCUCCCUAGGGUUUCUGUUCUGAGGUUAUCUGGAUCAUGCAAAGGGAGGUCGAUCGGUUUACAUGGACCAUGCAUCAGUCCGUUGGUGUUACAAUCAAGUUGUGACCUCGCUCGCAUCUCUCUGAAAGUGUUUGUUUCCCAUUGCCUGUCUGCGUGUUUGCAAUUAAGUGUGUUACAAACUCAAUCUGCAGCAUGGUGA